UGCUUUGUAUGUUGCAGGAACCAGGAGCAUUUGACGCACCAUGCCGCUUGGAACAGCUCCGCCCACGUAACAGAGGCAGCCCUUAAUGUGAGCGCCCCCUGGAUGCAGUUCCACCUGGAGAUAAGCCGAGAUGCUCUGUACCCUCGGGCCAGCAGGAAUGUGGAGCAACUCAUCGAAUGGAUGGGGAACAUAAAUAUUAUUAGAGCCGAUCUCCCAUUUGAUACAAAGAAACUAAACGAGGAAUGUGACUGCGACCAAAUUGUGAAGCCAAGUGGAACCCACCUCAAACUGGUCGUACAGUUCCAAGACUUGGGGAGAGCCAUGUUCAAGCCUAUGAGGCAAAGUCGAGACGAGGAAACCUCAGAAGAUGUUUUUUAUUUUGUGGAUUUUCAGCGCCACAAUGCGGAGAUUGCAGCUUUCCAUCUGGACAGGAUCCUGGAUUUCCGGCGUGUUCCGCCAGUAGCCGGGCGACUUGUGAACAUGACCAAAGAGCUUCUGGAAAUGGCCUCAGAUGAAAACCUGCAAGAUGUAUUCUUUUUGUCUCCAGCAAACAACGUGUGUUUAUUUGCCCGGUGCCCAUAUACCUGUAAGACGGAAUACGCCGUGUGCGGCAACCCCCACAUGCUAGAGGGCUCGCUCUCGGCCUUCCUGCCCUCACAUUCUCAAGCAUUCCGCUAUUCUGUCCAGAACCCCUGGAAAAGAUCUUACACCUUCACCGGGAAGGAAGACUGGGAAGUGAAUCCGUCCUACUGUGAUCAGGUGAAGCAGACUGAGCCUUACACCAAUAGGAAGAGGCUACUGAACAUGAUGGAUCUGGCUAUAUUUGACUUCCUUAUAGGAAACAUGGAUCGGCACCAUUAUGACGUAUUCAGCAAAUUCGGAGAUGACGGAUUUAUGCUCCACAUGGACAACGCCAGAGGGUUCGGACGCCAUUCGCUCGAUGAAAUAACGAUCUUGGCCCCUGUUUACCAGUGCUGCUUGGUAAAGGAAGACACGUGGUUACGGCUGAGACUGCUCUCCAGGCCGGAGUACAGGCUGAGUGAUGUAAUGAGGGAGUCUCUGAGCCGAGACCUACUAGAGACCGUCCUAACGGAACCGCACUUGUUGGCUCUGGACAGGAGGCUGCAGAAAGUGCUGCAAGUGGUGGAGGAGUGUGUGCAAAAGCACGGAGAGGGGUCGGUGAUAAUGAAAGAGGGGGGGCAGCAGGCAGCAGCCACAGGUGCCCAGCAGAGGGCAGUAUAGAGCCAGAGAUGGCUGUGUGUCUAUAGACUCUACCAGCAGCCGCCGGGCCUCGUGCCCCGGUACUUAUGUCCUUCUUCAUUUUGGAAAGUGCAAACCGUCUGGGAAAGGGAUCUCCGGCUGUGCCGGCUCAUUGCUCCAUGUAGGCACCGCCGGGCCAGACACGCACUGGAGCCAUUUACCCUCAGUAGCAACUGGGGCACGGACUUGAAUAUUAAAAUCUUUUCCCCAAAACUUGGUGUU